AUGAGAACCCCAGCAGCUUGCAGGUUGGCCCCGCCCAAGAAGUUUGCCGAGACCCAGCAGUGCUCCAGCUUGGCGAUGAGUGCUGCGGAUGAAGACCGUCCGCGGAUGUGGAAAGUCGAGACCAAAAAGAAGACCAAGAAACGGGACGAUUCUGAAGAAGAGGAGCCGCCCAGAAAGAAGGCGGUGACCAAAAAGAAAGAGGUGGAGAAGAAGAAGACCGAGACCAAGUCCAAGAAACGUGAAGAGUCGCCAGAGCCGCCCAAGAAGAAAACGACGGUCUCGAAGAAGAAGGAGGAAGAAACGCCCAAGAAAAAGGAAAGCGACAGGGCCAAGGCCAAGGAGCGCGAACGCAGCCGCGAUAGGGACCGCGAACGUCGCAGUCGCAGCCGCCGCCGAGACGACCGCGACAGGGGGCGUGACCGUGCUUCCGGCAAAUUUGUGGUGGCUGUCGCACGUCCAAGGGAAGCAGACAUGGUUUUCAAGUCUGCAAAGUCUCGUGCGGAUGACAAGAAUACCCCUCGGCCUCGUGUUUUGCUGGUAUGGUAUCUGACGCCCUUCAGCUCCGCCGCCUCGGUGGCGAGUUCCCUGGCGGGCGCCGCCUACGAGGGAUUGCUAGGUCCAGAUGGCGAGGGACGUCAGAAGGGCGCACUUCAUGAUGCAGCGGCAGCAGCAGAGAGGGCGCAGCAGAUGGCCAUUCACUUGGCUGAGAUGUUGGUCUUUGCCAGGACGGACUUGGACACCGCCUUGACUCCCGGUGCCCAUGUGGUGAGGGGUAUCAGGGAGGUAGGCUAUCGCGCUACGCAGGUGUUUCAGAGACUCAGGUCGACCACCCUGGAAUUCUUGUCGUUGGAGGGCUCCAAUUCCAAUGCCGAAGUAUUGGACCUGAGCCGGCAGCUGUGGCAGUCCUGGCAGGCCAAGCACGAGGCCUUGACAGCGGCGGAGCGCUUGUAUUCGACCUUGCUUUCCGAGUCCCGGCGCGUGGGCGCAUUGACUGCGGAGCUCUCCUGCGUCACCUCCUUGGUGGACGAGGAAGGAGACGCACAGGGCGGAAAAGUGGCCUUGGAGCGUUGCCAAGAACAAAUCCGCGCACAGGCAUCAGAGGCCAUCCAGGCCUUCAAAGAUCGCGCCAAGGACUAUCCUUGCGGCAGCCCGCAUCCUCAGACUGGACUUUUGCGCAUUGCUCGAACGGAAGAGGAUUUGCGCAGCAUUUGCGAGGCCUUCUCAGCGAGCGUCCUGGAGCAGGAAACGGAGCUGUUGGCCCAGGUUGAAGAGCUGGCUGUAAUAACCACGGAGCUGAGGACCUUGACCUCCUCGUUGUCGCGACGUGUGGCCUUUUGGGAGGGCCAGAUCGAAGAAAACUGGUCGCAGUGGUCCUUCCAAUCUGGGCGUUUCCAUGAGGCACAGACGGGAGCAGUGGAGUGCUGGGAAGAACUUCGUUCAAAGGCUCAGAGCUUGCUGCAGGCGCAGCUGUGCGACGCGAGCCACAAAGUCUUGGUGGAGGUGGCCUGCACUUUAGCGCUGCUUGGGGCCUGGGCCAACUUUCACAACUUGAGGGGAGACGGCCAUGUCCUGAUGGAGUUCCGCGAGCUUCUGCAGAGCAUCCUGGUUUGUUUGGAUACCCACUUCCAAGCAUACAAGGGGAGAGGUGCCGUGAAACAACAGCUGCUGAAGAACGAUUCCUGGCAGCUGAUACAGGUUCCACCCGAGAGCCCCGGAAGGGACGCCUGGUGGCACCCCGCGGAGUGGCAAGUGCCAGGUCCAGCUACGAUGCCCAGCGACUGA